AGUGGUGAGGGAGUGGUGAGUGUAGGGUGAGGGAGUGGUGAGGGAGUGGUGAGGGGUGAGGAGUCGUCAUGAGGGACCGACUGCAAGAACUGAGGCAGGAGAAGCAGAGCUUCCUAGCGCCGGAGAGCAGCGAUGGGGAGCGAGCGGGGGCGGAGAUCCCCAUGGACAACCUCGACUCAUUCUUAUCGAAGGUGAACGAGACGAACGUGGAGCUGGACUCGCUGGGCGUGGCGGUGCAGGAGGUGAAGAGGCUCCACCUGGCCAUCCUCAGUGACGUGGAACCUCGCGAGUCCGACCGCAAGCAACUGGACGACGUGAUGUUCUCCAUCACCAGCACGGCGCGCAGAGUCCGGACACAGCUCAAGGAUCUCGACACGAUGCUGGAGAUCCCUGACGAUUCCAGCACCAGAUUGCGGAUGCGGAAAACCACUCACACGAUGGCAUCCCAGCGCUUUGUGGACGUGAUGAAGGAGUACAACAGUCUGCAGACUGAGCACAGAGAUCUGUGUAAGAAGAGGAUCCUCAGGCAGAUGGAAAUCUCUGGACAGAACGUGACUGCAGAGCAGCUGGAUAGCCUCAUAGAGAGUGGAAGCUCUUCUGUGUUUACUCAGGGGUACAUCCUGGAGUCCCAGCUCACGAGGCAGCAGCUGGGUGAGAUCCAGUCACGUCACGAGGAGCUCCUCAAGCUGGAGAAGAGCAUUCAGGAGGUGCAUGACAUGUUCAUCAACAUCGCCAUAAUGGUGGCAUCGCAGGGCGACAUGGUGAACAACAUUGAGGAGCACGUGAAGAGCGCGUCGGAGCACACGGAGAAGGGGCGCACGGUGCUGGAGCAGGCGGUGACGCACAAACGGAGCGCACGCAAGAAGAAGCUCCUCCUGGCGGGUUGCAUAGCCAUCGCCAUCGUCGUCAUCAUCGCCAUCAUCGUUGGUGUCACGGUCAGCUAAUGA